AUGGCUUUCUCUUUCUUCUACCUUUGUGCUGCAUACACCUUAGACCAAGGACAGCCAAGGCGUGGAAUCCUGGAAAUCAAUGCAGCUACUCAAAGGAAGUUCUUUGAAGGUGACAUUAUCUUGCCGCCAGAGAAAAAUGCACUGAGGAACACCUCCUACAGGUGGGAACUUCCAGUUCCUUACAUAAUGGGUAGCACCUUGGAUCUGAAUACUAAAGGUGUCAUCCUGCAGGCAUUUGAAAUGUUCCGACUGAAGUCUUGCAUCGACUUCAAACCUUAUGAAGGAGAAAAGUCGUAUCUCCAGUUUGAAAAGCUGGAUGGAUGUUGGUCUUAUGUAGGCGAUUUUAAGACUGGCCAGAAUGUUUCGAUUGGAGAACGUUGUGAAUAUAAAGAUACUGUGGAGCAUGAAGUACUACACGCGCUGGGGUUUUAUCACGAGCAGUCACGGAGUGACCGAGAUGAUUAUGUUAAUAUUGCAUGGAAUGAAGUUAUAGAAGGUCAGACGCAUAACUUCAACAAAUACGACGACAAGUUCAUUACUGACCUGAACACUCCCUAUGACUAUGAAUCGGUCAUGCAUUAUGGACCUUACUCGUUCAAUAAAAACAGCAGCAUCCCCACAAUUAGAGCAAAAAUCCCAGCAUUCAAUGAUAUUAUUGGGCAAAGCCAGGAUAUGAGCAGGAUUGACCUCCAAAGACUGAAUCAAAUGUACAGUUGUGCUUCAAGCCUUACUCUCCUUGACCAAUGUUCCUUUGAGGCCAUUAAUAUUUGUGGGAUGGUACAGAGUGGAAAUGAUGAUGCUGACUGGCAGCACACCCUGACGACACCUGAGGAUAAGGACCACACCUUGGUGGGCCGCUGCACAGGCAGGGGAUAUUUCAUGCACCUGAAUACGACGGUAGGAAGUUCAGGAGAAUCGGCUGUUUUGGAGUCCCGCAUCCUCUACCCAAAAAGAACAGUGAAGUGCCUACAGUUUUUUUACAAGUUUGAUGGAAGUCAGCAAGAUAAACUCAUCAUCUGGAUUAAAAAAGAUGACGGAACUGGAAAUAUUAGGAAAAUGGUGAAGCUGCAAACAUUUUACGCUGAUGGAGAGCGGCACUGGAAGCUAGCAACCAUUCCCUUCAGCAGCCAGGCCAAAUUCCGCUACGCCUUUCACGGCAUCAGAGAAGACCCCUCCAACUCUACUGGUGGCAUUAACAUUGACGACGUCAGUCUGACCGAGACACAGUGCCCCACAGGGGUUUGGCAGAUCACCGACUUUGCUUCCCUUUUAAACAGCACCUCCCAAGGAGACUAUAUUUCAAGCCCGCUGUUCCACAGCUCAGAAGGUUACUGCUUUGUGCUGAGGCUCUAUCCCCACGGUUUGGUCAACUCAAGCGGAAACUACUUGGGAAUCCGUUUUGCUCUGUGCAGCAGCCAGAAUGACGGCGCUCUGGAGUGGCCAGCAGGGAACAGGCAAGUGACGUUCACCAUCGUGGAUCAAGAUCCGGACAUCACCCAAAGGAUGUCGUCGAGCAGGGUCUUCACUACAGAUCCGAACCAACUGAUCGAUGACAAAAAAUUUUGGGAUAAGCCUUCUAUUACAGGGUCUUUCGACCCUUCCUAUAAUUGCCACGUAGGCCCAUAUUAUGGCUGGAACAGCAUCCUGCAUCGCAGAGAACUGCUACGGAGGAAUUUCCUUAAAGAUGAUGCUUUGAUCAUCUUUGCGACCUUCGAAGUUGUUGAAGAUCCAGGGAGUGUUUUAUAG